CACCACCCUCCUCCUAUAUACAUUACAGACUCUUCUCCUCUUCAUCUCCUCACUCACUCACUCAAAGAACAGACACACAGAGAAAGAGAUAGAGAGGUAGAAACAAAAAUGUCUGGUUCUGUAUAGAGUGCUGUUAUAGGGUUUUUGCACUAUUCAUCUUCAUCAUGUCUAUCAUUUACAAUGACUAACAGCUUAAAUCUCUUCUUCUUAGAAGAAGAUAAGAACUACAGUAAUAAUUAUAGUAACAAUGGCUCCAUCAUCACUACCACACCAAGAUUCAUCAGUUUAUUAUCUAGAUGCUCUAUACUGUCAAGAGGAACAAGCAUGGGAAGAAGAAGAAGUGGAAGAAGAAACAAAAGACAAUGAUGAAAACAGUAGUUUUAUUAGGAAUGAUAAUGGAUUUGUUUUACCAGCUUUUUUAAUGGAACAAGACUUGUUCUGGGAGAAUGAUGAACUUAUGUCUCUUUUUACUAAAGAGAAAGAGAUGAUAAGUGAUAAUCUAUUGAGUAAACUUGAAUCAGAUCCAAAUCUUGUUAGAGCUAGGAAAGAAUCUAUUCAAUGGAUGUUGAAAGUUAAUGCCCAUUAUUCAUUCUCUCCUCUUACUGCUGUUCUUGCUGUCAACUUUCUUGAUAGAUUCUUAUCAAGUUUUCACUUCCAGAAUGAUAAACCCUGGAUGACUCAACUCAUUUCUGUUGCUUGUAUUACUUUAGCUGCCAAAGUUGAAGAAACUCAAGUCCCAGCUCUAUUAGAUUUUCAAGUUGAGGAUUCUAAGUAUGUGUUUGAGGCAAAAACAAUUCAAAGGAUGGAACUUGUUAUACUUUCUUCAUUGCAUUGGAAGAUGAACCCUGUAACUCCACUCUCAUUUCUUGAUCAUAUUAUAAGAAGGCUGGGUUUGAAGAGUAAUCUCCAUUGGGAAUUUAUGCAGAGAUGCCAACUUCUCCUCCUCUCUAUAAUUUCAGAUUCAAGAUUUGUAUGUUAUCUUCCAUCUGUACUAGCUGCUGCGACAAUGCUGCAUGUAAUCAACCGCAUUGAGCCUUGUAAUGCCAAGGAAUACCAUGACCAGCUCAUGGGUGUUCUUCAAAUCGACAAGGACAAAGUUGAUGAAUGUGUUGAGCUAAUCUUGGAAUGCACAGCACCAUUGGAAUACAAUGUGGCGAAUCUGAAACGCAAGUACGAGUCUGUUCCGGGGAGUCCGAAUGGUGUAAUGGAUGCAAAUUUCAGCUCUGAUAGUUCAAACGACUCAUGGAUUGCAACUGAAUCAGUAGCUGUGGCAUCUCCAAAACCUUCUUCUUUCAAGAAAAGCCGAGUUCAAAUUCAACAAUUGCGGUUACCAUCCAUCAACCGUUUUGCUGUCGAGCUUCUCACUAGUCCUCGUUGAAAAACCACUAAGUUCUCCUUCUCAUUUCCCAUAAUCUCUUCCUCCUCCUUUUUGGAAUUUCUUUUGAAUCUGUUAAUACAAUAUUUAUCAUUAUUGUCAUGUUAAUUGAGUUCUUAAGUGGAAUUUGAAAUUUGCUUAAUUUCCAUCUCUACAUUUUCUAUUGAUUAAAGAGAAGAGAUGUGAGGCAAAUGAAAUACUACUUAAUUAAGCAAUGCUUGAGGAUUAAUCUUAAUUUUCUAAAAAUAAA